AUGCCGAUAGCACUUGACCCUUCAAGGCUUGAUGAAGGUGAAGGUAUAGAAACCACUCUGGUUCGAAAUGGAGCUAAAUAUCAUCAGAGUUGCCGAUUGUUGUUCAACAACACCAAGUUAGAAAGAGCACAGCAAAGAAGAGCGGUCCCGAGCACCUCCGGAGCAACAGAUGAACCUCGAAGCAAGAGACGAAAAUCUGCAGACAUUCCGAAAGUGGAAUGUUUCUUCUGUGAAGAUGUUAUUUCGAAUCUGCAAGAGGGGAUAUCAGAGAGACUAAAUGAACACCUCAAUCAAUGUUCCAGAACCCUGAACGAUGGAAAGCUCUUUGCAAAGUUAAGUGGCGGAGACGUUGUUGCCCUGGAGGUUAAGUACCACCUUCGAUGCCUCCAAAAGUUGUACAAUGCUGAAAGAGCGUACCUCAAUUCCCUAGAGAAAGCAGAGAAAAGUGAUCCAGGGAAAGAUUUAUACCCAGUGGCCUUUUUAGAACUAGUUAUCUACAUCAUGGAUAGCAAAGUCACCAACACGGAAGCAACACCGGUUUUAUUUCGGCUUGCUGGCCUAGCCUCAGUCUACAAGCCUUGCUUGGAACACGUUGGGGUUGAUUGUCUGAAUGUCCACUCCACCAGGUUGAAGGAACAGCUACUUGCUCGGAUUCCAGAACUUGAAUCCCAUAAGAAGGGAUGUGAUGCACUCCUUGCCUUCAAAGCGGACAUAGGACCAGUGCUCCAUGAAGCUAGCCAGUAUAGCAAUGCUCUCCAUCUAUCUAAGGCAGCAGAUAUCCUGAGAAAAGAAAUGCUCCAGCACAAGAUAAAAUUCAGCAGCGAGCUCAAAGAUGGCUUUGGUGAGGAGGCUAUCCCACCUGCACUUCUUCAGUUCGUGUGCAGCAUUGAACAUGGUGUUGAUAUAAAAUCAAAUCUGACGCACGGAAUAGCGAAGGUAUUAGAGAUACCCGGCAAACUUGGUGAAACUGUGAUAAAACAGUAUGUCGAAGAAGAUGUUAUGUGCCCACCAGUGCUGCGAAAAGGGCUGUUCACUACGGCCGCUGUCGACAACAUUGAUCACAAUCCCAUGGCCACCACAGCUAGCACGUCAUUCCAUGGUACAAGUAUUUCCAUGUUCCAUGAGCCAAGUAAGAAAAACAGAGGAGAACAGCGGGUUUCACCGGAAAUAACAGACAGUAGGACAAGAAAGGUUCCUGAGCUUCCAGAGCAUUAUACAAACAUCGCGCCAGCCUACUUCAAGAAGAUCCCAACCCCAGCCACAGUAGAUGAAGUAUCACUGCCUGACCCCAGUCUCUUCCAAAGGAACAUAAGAGUCGAAUACGAAUGGUUGGAAAACGUUCAAGGUAGCACCGAUGUAGAUGAUGAAUCCAAUAUAACAUGGUCAGCUCAUCAUGGGAGCCAGAAACGGACUAGCGAAUGUGAAACCAGCAUCACUUUCUUGCUACCUCUUCUCCGAGAUCAAGCUCGCACGAAUUAA